AUGGUUCGCAUUAUCCCCAACCGCUUGAAGCCCAGCUUCUCCAACAACAGCAACACUCCAAACGCCAAUUCCACCGCCAACAGCCGAAGCACAAGCCCAAUGGGGUCCAAGGGAGACAUCGCAAGCCCUGAGGGGCGCAAAGACACCGGCCUGGUCCUGAAUGUUGUUAUUAUGCGGGCCAGGAACCUCGCUGCCAAGGAUAGGGGGGGCACAUCAGACCCAUACCUCGUCUUGACGCUUGGCGACUCGAAGCACAUCACGCACACCGAAUCCAAGACACUCAACCCCGAGUGGAACGAACAAUGCGAGCUGCCCGUCAGCGGCGUCCAGAGCCUGCUCCUUGACGUGUGCGCCUGGGACAAGGACCGCUUCGGGAAGGACUACCUCGGCGAGUUCGACCUAGCGCUCGAGGAGAUAUUUGCCGAUGAGAAGACCGAGCAGGUGCCCCGAUGGUACCCCCUCAAAAGCAAGAAGCCCGGGAAGAAGACAAGCAUCGUCUCGGGCGAGGUCCUGCUGCAGUUUACUAUAUUCGACAGCACCAACCCGCAGGCCACCAACGGCCAGAUCUACGAAAAGUUCACCACCCUUGUGAGGUCAGCCCCGGGCGCCGAUGGUUCGCGGAACCCUACGCCGUCGCGGACUCCAGUGCUGGGGCCGACCGCCGCCAAGGGCAAGACCCCGUCGCCUUCUCCGCCGCUGGGGGGAAGGCGGGCGGACGAACCUGACGAGGACGAUGAGUACGACGUGUACGACGACGAGACACCCGAGGACGAGGAUCCCAGCAAACCCGGAGCGGCCGAGAAGAGGCGCAGGAAGCUGCGGAUCAGCGGUCUGAAGCGCAAGAAGAGGGAGAACCCUUACGAGUUUGUCAAUAGCGGCAGUGACGUGGUGGGCAUCAUCUUCCUCGAGAUCGGCAACAUCACCGACCUGCCGCCAGAGUCCAACUUGACCAAAACCAGCUUCGACAUGGACCCCUUCGUCGUCGCCUCGCUGGGCAAGAAGACGUACCGCACCAAGACGAUCCGCCACAAUCUGAACCCAGUUUACCACGAGAAGAUGAUCUUCCAGAUCCUCGGCCACGAGCAGCAGUACAGCUUCUCCUUCACCGUCAUUGACCACGACAAGUACUCGGGCAACGACUUCAUCGCGUCGGUCAACUUCCCCGUCAAGGAACUCAUUGAGAAGGCGCCCAAGGCCGACCCGGAGACGGGGCUGUACAACCUGAAAGACGUGCCGGACUUCUCGGCGCCCGCCCAGCGGCCCCGCUUCAUGCGGCUGGGCCUGUCGCGCACUUCGUCGUCCCAGAGCCUCAGCAAGCUAACCCGGCCGGGCCUGUCCAAGAGCCCGUCCGCGGCCACAACGGCCACGAUGGCGGCCGCCACCCCUGCGGCCACGCCGGGCACCGAGGGCAUUCCCGAAAACGCCCAGCCAGCGGCCCCCAGCCCAGGCUACCUCCAGCCCACGGACAACGCCGUGGCCGCGGCGGCUUCUUCCCUAGGCGAGACAACCCCGCCUGACGGCGAUGACCCUGAUUUCCUGCCGUACACGCUCCCGCUCAAGAUGAAGAAUCAGGAGAAGUGGGAGGCCAAGCACAACCCGCAGCUGUUUGUGCGCGCCAAGUACAUGCCGUACCCGGCGCUCCGGCAGCAGUUCUGGCGGUCGAUGCUGAAGCAGUACGACACGGACGAGAGCGGGCGCAUCAGCAAGGUCGAGCUGACCACGAUGCUCGAUACGCUGGGCUCGACGUUACGCGAGUCGACCAUUGAUAGCUUCUUCACGCGGUUCCCUCAUAAAGCGACCGACAAUGAUGACGCUGAGGACCUGACCAUGGACGAGGCUGUUAUUUGCCUUGAGGAUCAGCUGGAGUCCCGGUCGCGGCCCCAGGGUGUGGCUGAGCGCGUGAAGAAUUUGCUGCCGGAUGCUGACAAGGUCAAGCAGUUGCUUGUGCCCAAGGUAGGAGGGAGUGCUAGUGCGACUGGGUCUGAAGGGGCAAACACGGCUUCAGCAGCAGUAGCAGAAAGCGCGCAGACCAGUUCCGAGUCUCAGGCAACCGAGUCAUCCACCAUCUCGGUGCCCGAGCUUAGCACGCCCGGCGAGGAGGGCGAUCUGCUGGACCGCGACGACCUGAACAUCAGCACGGGCGAGGAACACGUGGUUGAGAUUCGGGAAUGCCCCAUCUGCCACCAGCCGCGGCUCAACAAGCGUAAGGACGCCGACAUCAUCACGCACAUCGCAACGUGCGCGAGCCAAGACUGGCGGCAGGUCAACAACCUCAUGAUGGGCGGGUUCGUCACGUCCAGCCAGGCGCAGCGCAAGUGGUACUCCAAGGUCAUCACCAAGAUCUCGUACGGCGGCUACAAGCUGGGCGCCAACUCGGCCAACAUCCUGGUGCAGGACCGCCUGACGGGCCAGAUCAACGAGGAAAAGAUGAGCGUGUACGUCCGCCUGGGCAUCCGGCUGCUGUACAAGGGCCUCAAGUCCAACAACAUGGAGACCAAGCGCAUCCGCAAGCUGCUCAAGAGCCUCAGCAUCAAGCAGGGCAAGAAAUACGACGACCCGGCCUCCAAAGCCGAAAUCCCCAAGUUCAUCGCCUUCCACGGCCUCGACCUGUCCGAGGUGCGCCUCCCCCUGCAGGACUUCAAGAACUUCAACGAGUUCUUCUACCGCGCCCUCAAGCCCGGCGCCCGCCCCUGUUCCGCCCCGGACAACUCCCGCAUCAUCGUCUCGCCGGCCGACUGCCGCUCCGUCGUCUUCAACCGCAUCGACAUCGCCACCAACGUCUGGAUCAAAGGCCGCGAGUUCAGCAUCAAGCGCCUACUCGGCGACGCCUACCCAGAAGACGUAGCCCGCUACGAAAGCGGCGGCGGCCUGGGAAUCUUCCGCCUCGCCCCGCAAGACUACCAUCGCUUCCACAUCCCCGUCGACGGCGUCCUCCGCGCCCCCAAGAUCAUCGCCGGCGAGUACUACACCGUCAAUCCCAUGGCCAUCCGGUCGGCGUUGGAUGUGUACGGCGAGAAUGUGCGCGUGCUGUGCCCCAUCGACACGGUUGAUUUUGGACGGGUCAUGGUGAUUUGUGUGGGUGCCAUGAUGGUCGGCAGCACGGUGAUCACGCGCAACGAGGGCGAGACGGUGCGUCGUGGUGAGGAACUGGGGUAUUUCAAGUUUGGCGGGAGCACCAUUGUGCUGCUGUUUGAGAGCGGCAAGAUGGUGUUUGACGAUGAUUUGGUUGAUAACUCCAAUGGCGCUCUCGAGACUCUCAUCCGCGUCGGCAUGUCCGUAGGCCACGCCCCCGACGAACCCAUGUGGACCCCGGACAUGCGCAAAGACGAAACCCAAAUCACCGAUGCCGACAAGGCCGAGGCGAAGCGCCGUAUUCAGGGCCAGGUUGCCGAGGAGGAAUCGUCGUCCCCCGACGAAGGGGACGAUGCGGAGGGGUAUGGUUAUGGCAAUGAGAAUGACAAUGAUGAGGGCGGCGGACUGCGGUUGCCUGUGCGGGGGGCUGCUGCGCUUAAGGUGCCGCCUGUUGCUUCGCUGGUUCCGUAG